CGAAUUCCGCCGAAACAGAAAGAAGAAGUAGAAGAAGAAAAAGUAAUAAAAAAACAACCGGUUGUGUUUGUCUGGCAGAGAAGCGAAGAAAUUUAAUUGAUAAACAAAUACUCUUCUCUCUCCCUCACUCCGCCCGGUGAAUCAUGUCAUCCAAGCGCAAAUCUGAGCCCACCAAGCGAACCCUGAAGCGCCCCAAGAAGCGCACUGAUGGGGAUUUUGAGUCGGACUUCAGUGACAGCAGCGAUGGGCACGAUGGGGCUAAUCAGAAUCAACCGGUUGAGGUGCUCAUCCCCAGUGAGCAAUUUGAGCCAACUGUCAAGCUCCCGCCGGAGCUGCUGAAGACACUGGACAAGGAACCCGGGCGCCUGAUGAUUGCCGGCUUUGUCACCUGGGACCUCACAGGGCGUCGCGAUACGAAGAAUAAAGUCACAAAAGUUCGCCCAAAUCUCUAUGUUUUCCAUCGUUUCACCGAUGAGAAGUAUCGCCUGGUGAUGAGUGGCUGUGCUGCCGCACACUCAAUCCUCAUCAAUAUGGAUCGCAAGGCCAUGGCAUUGGGGCGCAACCAGUUUAAUCAGUUGGGACUCCCAGAUACGAAGAGCUACGAGAAGCCAACCCUCAUCCCGGGGCUGGAGAACGUCAACGUCAUCUCAGCUGCCUGCGGACGCAAUCACACGCUCUUCCUCACAGACACAGGCACCGUGUAUGCGUGCGGUGACAACAAGUCCGGGCAAUGUGGGGUCGGCAGCAAUGUUCCCAUUGUGGCAAAGCCCACCCGGAUCAACUAUCAGGGUCCACCAAUUGUCAAAGUUGGCUGUGGCGCGGACUUCUCCAUGAUUCUCGACAUCAAAGGGAAUUUGCACACAUUCGGACUUCCGGAAUAUGGGCAACUCGGCCACAAUACGGACGGCAAGUACUUCCAGACAAACACAAAGAUGUCCUACCACUUUGAGAUGUCCCCCAAGCGGAUUGUCUUGUACAUUGAAAAGUCCAAAGAUGGCCACGUGACGCCCAUUGAUAAUGUCCAAAUUGUGGACUUCUCCUGCGGCAAUAACCACACCGUGGCGAUUGAUACGCAAAAGCGCGCCUACAGCUGGGGCUUUGGCGGUCUGGGGCGCCUUGGGCAUGCCGAGCAGAAGGAUGAGAUGGUGCCGCGUCUCAUAAAGUUGUUCGACAGUCAGAAUCGUGGGGUGCGCAGUGUGUACUGUGGCUCGUCGUAUAGCCUCGCGGUGAAUGACAUUGGGGUGUUGUUCCUCUUUGGGCAGAAUAAGCGAACAGGGGAGGCAAAUAUGUACCCCAAACCCGUGCAGGAUCUCGCUGGGUGGAAUAUAACGAGCAUUGGAUGCAGCUACACCUCAAUUGUCAUCUCAGCCGAUGACAGCCUCAUUGCAUGGGGCGCUUCCCCCACUUUUGGGGAAUUGGGCUUGGGGGACCUGCAGAAGUCUUCCACAACGCCCAAGGAGGUGACACGUCUCGAGGGCAUGAAGAUACCGCAAGUCACAAUGGGCUACUCCCACACACUCCUUCUUGCCAACACCGAUCACGAGCCAACGCGUGAAAAGUACGAGAAGCAGCCUGAAUUUGAUGUUAGUGACUAAACCACCACCUCCAACAAGAAAAAAAUCUCUGUAGGUUCGUAAGGCGACAACAAAGGCUGACAAUGUGAGAUAAAUAUCCCCUCAAGUUUAGAUUAAAAAAAAAAACAAACACAGUUUCUUUGCAAAGAUCACAAAGCUAAUACCCAAUUUUCAUUAAAUGUGCAGGACUAUUUUACUUUCAAUAUGUUUUUGAUGUUUUUAAAGAAUUUGUUUGUGGAGUUUUUGAUACGUUUUCCUGGAGUUUUAAAUUAAUUUUCAUUUAAAAAUGUUUUUUUUUUAUAAAUCAAAGAAGAGAGAUUUUGUAGAGGAGAGAGAAACUUUGAGAGUAAAAUCAUAUUAAAAAAAGAAAUGUAAGUGAAGAAGAAGAAGACAACGCGUUUGAGCGAAGAGCUUUCUGAUUGGAUGAUAAAUUCGAUCAAAGAGUUCUCAUUGGCUCAGUGGCUUUACGUCAAAAUCUAUAGUGGAGCUUCGGUGCAAUGUUAUUGUGAACAAAAGAAAGAGUUUUUCCAGUAAAUAAAAUAAAAUAGAUAUUUGAAUUUGGAGAAUUUAACCCUUUUCAGGUCCAUGCCAUGUUUUCGGGAAUAGUGACGUCAUUCUAUAAAUUUUUGUGCAAAUCUUUGCGAUCUUUUCCCACAGCUGAUCCCAAUGAAAAAUGAAAAGAAAUCUUGGCGAUUUCUCAUUCUUUAAUUGAUUUUCUCUUGAAGAAAACGCGAGUUCUGAUUCUUUUUCAAAUGAAAAGGCAUUUCCCAUAGAGAAAUGAAUAAACUCCUUUUUGCUUCUCUUUUUUUUUGCUGAAAAUUCCUAAAGUCCUGCACAUAGAAAAAUCAAACCAUAAACUGCAAUAACUUUCUAGAACAAAAACUUAAUAAAAAUUUUAUAUUUAAAUCUAAAUAAAAAAUCCUAAAAAAAAUCUCGAAAUGUAGGCAGUUCUGUGCAAAAUUAGAAUUUCUACUACUGACUAUAAAAAAAUACUACAAUUAAUUAAUUUUUUUUAUUUAAAUUAAAUAUUUUAUACUCAAAAAAAUGAAAGAAAAAGUAGAAAGAAGAAAACUUCUCUUGGUGACGUUUUUUUUAGAAAAAAAAGAAAGAUUUUUCUUUGUACUUUGAAAAGAAAAUUAUAAUGAAAAAUUUUCUAUUUAAUAUUUAACAAAAAUUAAGGAAAAAUAAUAAAGAAAAAUUAAGAGAAGAUUAAGUAAAAGGAAAUUAAUAAAAAUGACACAUGAAAAGAUAAUACGAACUUUGGAAAAUUUAAGUAGAAUAUUUAGUGUUUCUUAGGGAUUUAUAAUAUUAAUGAAAAAAAUAAAGAAAUUAAAUAAGAGACUAUCGUAAUUUGUAGUCGAGUGAGAUGGAAGGAAGAUGAAAAAAUAAAUUGUCUAAAAUACUGCCUCAUUGAAAAUAUUUCUCUUUUUCCACACUCAUAUCCAUCACAAGAUUUUUUUUUAAAAAUAUCUUUUAUUAUUUUUUCAAUUCGCCCCCAAGACUAACACGCAAUAAAACUUUUUCUCUUUGUUUUUAAAUCACCCACAAUAAUGCAAAAAAAGCAAAAGAAAUAUUGCGAUAAAAAAAAGUUGUUAAAUGUAAGAAAGAAAAAUAUUAAAGAGAGAGAGAAUAAAACAUUAAACAUAAUAGAUAAAACAAGAUAGUGAUGAAUGCAGUUGAUUGCAAUUUAUGCAAACAGUAUUCCAGAGUAUAAAGAAAUAUUUUUUAAUUAUUUUAGAAAGCUUUUCUCAUUUUAUGUAAGAAUAAAAAUAAUUUUUAAGGCAAAAAUGAAAGAAAAAAAAUUAAUAAAGGUAUACAACAAGA